AUGGCUAGCGAUGAUGAAAACUUUGACAAAUUUCUGGUGCAAGUCGGUGACGAUGGUAGGUUUCAGAACCGCUUCAAUCUCCUGUUCAACCUCGGCGCCAUCUGCUUCACGUCGAUGACGUACAUGAGCAUCAUCCUGGCCCUAAACAAACCACCUCACAACUGCCACGUGCCGGGCAUGGAGCGGUACAACAUCACCGACCUGGACCAGUGGAGGAACCUAACGUUGCCCAGGGAAGAAGACAAUCGGGGCCAGCUGGGAUACAGCAAGUGUCAGAUGUACAACGUCACCGAGGAGCACUUGGCUCGUCCCUACUCGGAGUGGAGCUUUCAAGAAAGCGACAUCAUCGACUGCGCCUAUGGUUACUACUAUGACCGGACGUACUACGACCGAACACCGAUCACGGAGUACGACUGGAUCUGCGACAAAGGUUUCCGGGAGACGAACAUUUUCGUGUACAACCGACUCGGCGAGCUGGUCGGAACUGUUAUCUUCGGACAUCUCGGUGACACCCUUGGCCGACGGUUCGUGUUCUAUGUGAGCGUGCUGAUUAUCACGGCCGGGCGGCUGGUGUGCAUGUACACCGCCGCCUACUACGCCGUUUUUGCCGUGGCGUCCGUCCUCGGUAGCAUGUCGGCGCACGCCAUCUUCCAGUCGCCUUUGAUCAUUGCCAUGGAAAUAUCGAAAAGCGAACGUCGAGGACACAUUUCGAUGGUCCAGUGCAUCGGCUGGACGUCCGGGCUGUGCAUCCUGCCGAUGGUGUUUUGGGCCACGAAGGACUGGUUCUGGGCGCUGAUGAUUGCCACCCUGCCGAUCCUGAUCUUCCUGCUCAUUCCCAGUUAUCUUAUUGAGUCCCCACGAUGGUUGGCCACCCGAGGAAACUACCGAGCUGCCAUGAAGGUGCUACGACGGAUUGCAACCGUCAACGGCAUCAAGGAGCUGACGUUCGACGAAGGCGUCCUCGAGAAGCAACUUUCGCACCAUAAAACGGAAACCAUCUACGGCAUCGCGUCCCUGUUCAACGGCUGGCGGAUGACGAAGAACACGCUGCUGGUUAUUCUCUGCUGGACAGUCUGCAGUGUUACCUACUUCACGCUGGUGCUGCUCAGCUCCCGGAUGGACGGUAACCCGUUCCUGAACUUCAUGUACCAGGCCCUGAUCGAGCUGCCGGCGGCGUACCUCUGCCAGAAGUCGGCCGAUCGGUUCGGCCGGCGGGCCACCAACGCCACCGCCUUCAUCUGCGCCACCGUCGCCUGCGCCAUCCUGGUGAUGAUCGUGCGCGAUCAGGCGAACGAGUCGGCCGCCACGAUGCUCACGACGUUCGUGAAGUUCUGCGUCAGCAUCACGUUCUUCGCCGUCAACCUGCAGUCGAUCGAGAUCUAUCCGACCUGCCUGCGGCAAACGGGUCUCGCCGUCGGCGCCAUCGCGGCCACCAGCUUCGGCAUCGUCGGCCCGUACUUGGUGCACCUCGGCACGGAGUACGACGUACGCUAUCCUUUCCUGGUGAUGGGCAUCUCGAUGGGGGUCGGCGUGCUGGCCGCGCUCUUCCUGCCCGAAACGCUGCACCAAUCGCUACCGAACACGAUCGCGGAGGCGCAGAACUUUGGCAAGGAUCAGCGGUUCUGGGCGCUUCCGAAGGCACCGAAGAAAGAGCACCGCGCUGCCGAAGCGGAAGAGGCCAUUCGGUUGAACGUACCGGAGCAGGAGAAGAAUUAGCUAGCGACGCAUGGGGGUAAAAUAAAACAUUCUUUCCA